AUGAGUGACCACUACUUUCACCUCUCCGCCGAUCUUUGCAGACGGCUGGAGGCGAACCGUUACAGAGAGAAGUGGUCAGCAGUCAAGGGCAUCGCCGAAGCCAACGACCUGAUCCACCAGCACGGAGGCUUCGGGGAGCCCUGGCAACCCGUCCCGCCGGUGGUCGCCGAGGCUUGGUCCUUCCCGGAGCCCGGGCCCUCAUCCGAGUCAGAGCGGAGCUCCCUGCCGCGCUUCGCGCGAACCGAGGUUUGCUGUGCUAAUGUCGACACACUGACAGCAGCGCUGGUGCUCGGAGACGCAUCUGCUCUCAGCUUCGCCAACGCCGACAUCCCGGGUGGGCGCUACCGCAGCGGUGGGCUGGCGCAGGAGGAGGAUCUCUGCCGCUUGCUGCCGCAGCUCUACCCGGCCCUCAAAGCCACGCCAUAUCCGAUCCCUCCGGGAACAGUUCUGGUAGCUCGAGACCUUCUGGCUCUGAGGAAGCCUGGCACCUACGCUCCCUGCCCCAGUCUCGGCUCCCUUACCGUUCUAACUGCUGCGAUGCCCUGCGGUGCUGCUGAUCGGCGACCGAAGGGCGGCUGGGCCAAGUCACCGUGGGCUGCGGACGUGUCGCUGCGUAUCCGCUCGGUGCUCCAUGCCGCCAAGCAAUCUGGCCAUGCCAACCUCGUUUUGGGAGCUUUCGGAUGUGGAGCAUUUGGGAACCCGGCACGGCCUACGGCGGCGAUCUUUCGCGAAGAGCUCGCGUCCCCGGCGUUUCGGGGGGCCUUUGGCCAGGUGGUCUUUGCCAUCAUCGACCCGAUAGGCACUGGAAACUUGAAGCCAUUCCGUGAGGAGAUCGCCCAGAUUGCUGAACGCCCCACCCGGACCCUCAGUCGGCCUCCGCUCGGCGAAGAUUCGGAGAGCCAUGCUCUCUCAGAGAUGGGGCCUGCCGCUGUCCGGGACGCUGAAGACGCAGAAGCUGGGGCCGAGUUGAUUGAUGAAGCUGUUGCAGUCGGCGUUCCUCGUGAGGGGAGCGAUUUCAGCGAGGAGGGACACUUGGCGACCGCCGAACGCCUGCUACGCCGUGACCAGUCCGAGGCUUCUCAGAAGUUGGGUGGCAUGCAUCCUGCCGUGAUGUCGUCGUCGAUGCAGCUUGCGGAGAUUCUGUGUGCCCAGGGAAGACCCGAGGAUGCGAGGGAGCUGUUCAAGCAGGUUCUCAGCGGCCGUGAAGUUCACCUGGGCCCCACCCACCCGGACACUCUGGCGACGGUCACACGUCUAGGGAUUCUCCUCGUCGACCAGGUGGAGCUUCCGGAAGCCGAAGCUCUGCUGAAGCGAGCGCUCGAAGGCUACAAAAUCCAAGAACCACCGGACCCCGCAUCUUGGCGGGACGUCGCCGCACGCAUCGUCGCUCUUCUGAAGGCCAAUGGGAAGUAUGUCGACGCCGAGGAGCUGUGCAGAAAAGUUCUCGAAAGCAAAGAGAAGGAUCUGGGCAAAGGGCGACUGGAGACUCUUCGAACCGUCGAGGAAUUGGCCGGCAUCCUUCGCUUGCAAGGUCGUCUUCCGGAGGCGGAACAACUCAGCCGCAGGAGUCUGCAAGGCUGUGAGCAGCUCGGAGCCCUUGAUGCGGAGACCACGGAGAGAGUCACGCAGCUGGGCUUGCUGCUCCAGGAGCAGGGGCAACUGGAGGAGGCCGAGGAACUGCAACGGCGCGCUCUCAAGGAGCGGCAGAAGCAGCUCUGUGAGUCGCAUCCUCUGACUUUGGCCUGUUGUAGCCGUCUCGCAUCGGUUCUUCAAGCUCAGGCCAAAUUGUCCGAGGCAGAGGACCUCGGGCGCCGAGCAUUGCUUGGUGGGGAGAAGGAGUUUGGCCAGGUGCAUCCAGAAACCCUGACCUACGUGAACACGUUGGCGAAGGUUCUGCAGGCGCAGAACAAGGUUGACGAGGCUGAAACUCUUCAAGAGCGCAUGAUGCAGGACAGUACUUUGACCUCCUUGAGCCAGCUGGGCUCUCUCCUCCAUGAGCGUGGCAAGCUCUCCGAGGCAGAAACUCUCCAUCGACGCGUUCUGCGCGAGAGGAGGAAGCUCGACCCAAACCACACGGAGACGCUGAACAGCGCUUGUGCUUUGGCAUCGGUGCUGCGAGAUCAGGGCGAUAUGGCUGAGUCCGAAGAUCUCUACCGCGAAGCCCUCGAAGGCUACGAGAAGCUCGAUCGCUUUAGUGCCAACAUCGCCACAACGGCAACAACUUUGGCAUCACUCCUGGAUAGCCAGGGCAAACAUGAAGAAGCAGAGGACCUCCUUCGACAAGUCCUGGAGGGUCGCGAGGAGACGUUGGGCGAGUCGCAUUUGCAGACUCUUCGGACCGUGCCGUGGCCUUCAGGGGUUUAG